AACCACCCCCCCCAGAUUCACUUUCUGCCCAUGGAACGUUUGCACGCGUGUCGAUGGGCCGAAGGUGGCCGGACGACCCCUAGGGCAGGGGCGCCCCGUGGCCCUCCGGGACCUACCGGGGGGGAGCGCCAGCCCGCAGCGCCGGCCACGGGCACAUACUGACGAAGUGGAUUCACCAGUUAGCCGGGAAACAUGAAAGAUGCGAGGUCCCGCGGGGAGGAACGGGCCCUCC